CCGGGAGGCGGGGCGGGGCGGGCGCGGAGGCUGUCUGAGUAAGGCCUGGGCAAGGCUGGGCCGGGAAGGGCGUGGGUCGGGGAGAGGUUGCAGACCCGCACGCUGCGCGCACAGAGCUCUCAGCGCCGCUCCCAGCCACAGCCUCCCGCGCCUCGCUCAGCUCCAACAUGGCAAAAGUCUCCAGCCCUACAGAAACUGAGCGGUGCAUCGAGUCCCUGAUUGCUGUUUUCCAGAAGUAUGCCGGAAAGGAUGGUUAUAACUACACUCUCUCCAAGACGGAGUUCCUAAGCUUCAUGAAUACAGAACUGGCUGCCUUCACAAAGAACCAGAAGGACCCCGGCGUCCUUGACCGCAUGAUGAAGAGACUGGAUACCAACAGUGAUGGACAGCUAGAUUUCUCAGAAUUUCUGAAUCUGAUUGGUGGCCUAGCUAUGGCUUGCCAUGACUCCUUCCUCAAGGCUGUCCCUUCCCAGAAGCGGAUCUGAGGACCCCCUGGGCCUGGCCUUCAAACGCAUCCCCUUCCUUCCAGCCUUUCUGUCAUCAUCUCCAUAGCCCACACAUCCCCUGAGCCCAGCAUACCAACCACCUCAUGCAGGCCCCACCUGCCAAUAGUAAUAAAACAAUGUCACUUUUUUAAAACAUGAA